AAUUUUGUGGGCCAGUAAUGAGUGUUUAUCCAGCGUUGGUGGAGAAGAAAAGCAGGAGGAUGUGAAGUAUCAUAGCCUAGUCCCGAGGAAACUAGACUUUAAGGGACUAUUGAGACAAACUACAAAGGGGGGAGGGGGCAGAAUUAACAAAGUGAGAAAAGAGUGGUGGAGUGAGAAACUACAGGUGGGAAAGAGACCAGGGACGGGAGAGAGAGAGCGAGAGAGAGAGAGAGAGAGAGAGAGAGAGAGGCAGAAAUUAUAUUAAUAUGGCUGCAAAUUUGGGGAUUUGGUAACGUCGAUUCAGCUCCUUGGCAGAGCGAAAGAACUGAACCAGCAACAACGACAACGCCAGCACCACCCAGAAACCACCCAGAAGAAGAAGAAGAAGAGGAAGUGAGAGAGAGAGCCUCUGGACAAAGCAAACAUAAGGCUGUUUUUGGGGACCUUAGGUAACAAAGACAAAAGCGAAGCAGAAGCAGAGAGCCUUGCAGUCGUUACAGAACAACAACAUCGACAUCAACAACAACGAAUCAUUAUGAUUGCUGCCAUAACCUUUGUGCCUGCAUAGUCGUUUUCUCUCUUUCAGGGUCAUCUUGCUCGUGAAUGGGGUAGCCUAUUCUUACUGCGCUGCUUGAAGAGACAAGACAGACAGAUACACCUUGAGCUUGCUGCUUUCUUUUUACUUGUUUUCAAAGGUUUUAAUUUUCUUCUGCGAAGUCUCUUGUUGUGGCCUUUGAUUGAAUGGUGCAUCCGGAGGAGGGUCCAAGGGCCUCGUCGAUUUCUCAUGCGGAAACGGGGUCUGCAGUUGAUGAUCUAUAUACCGAGCUAUGGAAGUUAUGUGCUGGGCCUCUGGUGGAUGUGCCGAGGCGCGGGGAGAGAGUCUUCUACUUUCCUCAGGGUCACAUGGAACAAUUGGAAGCAUCAACAAAUCAGGAGCUGAAUCAGCAAAUCCCUCUGUUCAAUCUUCCUUCUAAGAUCCUUUGUGGUGUUGUUGACAUUCGAUUACUGGCUGAACAAGAAACGGAUGAGGUUUAUGCGCAGAUCACUCUGCACCCAGAAUUAGAUCAAAGUGAGCCUAAAAGUCCCGAUAUAUGCCCAACUGAGCCACCAAGACAAACAGUGCAUUCAUUUUGCAAGAUUUUAACUGCUUCGGAUACGAGCACUCAUGGGGGGUUCUCAGUUCUUCGAAAGCAUGCCACCGAAUGCCUGCCUCAGUUGGACAUGACCCAAGCAACACCAACACAGGAAUUGGUAGCCAAGGACCUUCAUGGGUUUGAAUGGAAGUUUAAGCAUAUAUUUAGAGGCCAACCGCGUAGACAUUUGCUCACAACGGGAUGGAGUAAUUUUGUCACUUCCAAGAGAUUGGUUGCAGGAGAUGCCUUUGUGUUUCUGAGGGGCGAAAAUGGUGAAUUGAGAGUAGGUGUUCGACGUCUUGCUCGCCAGCAGAGUCCCAUGCCUUCAUCUGUGAUAUCCAGCCAAAGCAUGCAUCUUGGAGUGCUUGCUACCGCUUCUCAUGCUGUUUUGACCCAGACUCUUUUUGUGGUUUAUUACAAGCCAAGGACUAGUCAGUUCAUUAUAAGUGUAAACAAAUAUCUUGAGGCCAUUAACAAUGGGUUCUCAGUUGGCAUCCGCUUCAAGAUGAGAUUUGAGGGAGAAGACUCUCCAGAAAGAAGAUUCUCGGGAACCAUAGUUAGGGUCGAGGAUAUAUCUGCAGAGUGGUCGGAUUCUAAAUGGCGGUCACUGAAGAUUCAAUGGGAUGAACCUGCAACCAUUCAAAGGCCAGAGAGGGUUUCCCCUUGGGAGAUAGAGCCUUUUGUUGCUUCCGCAUCCAUGAAUCUUGCUCAACCGGUUGUAAAGAGCAAGAGGCCCCGGCCUGUUGAUAUUCCAUCUUCUGAAAUCACGACCAACUCUGCAGCCUCGGCCAUUUGGUACCAUGGAUCAACCCAGUCCCAUGAGUUGACCCAAUUGAGUGCUGCUGCUGAGGUUGUCCAAAGCUGUGACACCAGUGUUGCUUGGCCUUCUAGGAUGAAAGAAAUAAAUAACAACAGAUCAAGAGUUCGUGCAGAAGGCACGUGGUCCUCUUCUCCACAUGUGAACAUCUCUCUAGAUCUUUUCUCCGAUUCACUGGAGGAUAACAAAACUGUAACAUUACAGUCGACUCUCUCUGAUUUUCUCUCUCCAGUUUCAUCAAGGAUAAGCAAUGGUCUGGUAAAUGACCAUGUGGAAAAGGAGAUAAAAUCAGAGACUUCUCUUGGUUGCCGGUUAUUUGGAAUUGAUUUGACAAAAAACUCUGAAACCAUUGCACUAGCAACAAUGGUGUCUGGUGGUGCAAAAGGACAAAGCCCAACUGCAGCAUCUAAAGUUAACGCAGUGCAUAAACCAGAUGCUAAGUCCUCAAAGGAACAGAAGCAACUUAUACCAGAUGAAUCACUGAAGGAGACACUGAGCAAGCAGGGCUCCAUUCUUUCCACCAGAACUCGCACUAAGAAGGUGCAAAUGCAAGGGGUUGCUGUUGGUCGUGCCGUUGACUUGACUGUGUUGAAGGGGUACAAUGAUCUCAUAGAUGAGCUGGAGAAAAUGUUUGAGAUUAAAGGGGAGCUUUGUCCACAGAACAAAUGGGCAGUUGUUUUUACAGAUGAUGAGAAUGACAUGAUGCUUGUGGGUGAUGAUCCGUGGCCAGAGUUUUGUAAGAUGGCAAGGAAAAUCUACAUAUAUUCAAGUGAGGAAGUGAAGAAGAUGACUGCAAGAUGCAAACUUACUGCCUCAUUAUUAGAAGGUGAAGGCACCAUUGGAAGCACAGACUCGGAGCAUAGAGCUGAAACUUGAUAGUCUAUCUUUAUUUUUGGGCUUUAUGUUGUUCUGCUUUCUUCGCUUGAGGGAGUGGGUUGCUGGUGGUUUGGUUUGCUCAGAAUUUUGGAGCUUCCACAUCAACAGCCAAAAAGUUUACCAGAUGGUUUGGGUCCUUGUUUUCUAUUUUGCUUUUAAUGUAAGGAAUGGUGGACUUUAUUCUGUAUUAGAUUCCCUUAAAAGCAUAUACCUUGUUUUUGGGGUUGUUGUUCUAACAUUGAUCCGCCUAUAGGAAUACCUAUGUAUUUGCAUUUUGAAGUCCUGAUUUCUUGUUUGUUGUCA